AUGGCAGCAGAUUAUUGCGCUUUUUUCCCCCCGUUACUACUUUCGUUUCCCGGGGGCGGACAUUUUUCCCGGGGACAGCCGCGGGAAAGUCGCCGGGGACGGGUCGUUCCUCGCGGUGAAACCGUGCGAAAUCGUCCGCCGAGCGCGUUUCCGCCGCGGAAAUCCCUCGCGGUCGUAGUUUUUUCGGCGAGACGUGUCCGAGAGAUACUUUUCGCCGACGCGUUUUUACGCGCCGCGUGCGAUCGCCCGCCCCGCCUCUCGAGCGGACGUGUUUCCUCGGCCCCGAGGAGGCCGCGUCCCGACGCAGGAGCCCGCGCUUAACCUAUCUAUGCGCGCGGAAAUACCCGACUUGUAAAUAAACAAGACGUCGUCGCGCGGUUACGAUAAAUCCUCGCGUAAUUAUUCUCCGGGGGAGUUUCAAUCGCGAUGAUCGCAAUUGACGAGAUGGAGCAGAGGGAUCUCCCCCAGGCAUUCCGCCUGCUGGGGGAGAUGAACGCCAAUGUUCUGCAGGUGAACCAGCUGGUUGACAACAUGCUGGUGCGCGUGAAGAACGGGGAGAUCUCCACGGACAAGGGCCUGAGCUUUCUGGAGAUGAAGUACCACAUGUUGCUCUCCUAUCUCAUCAAUCUCACCUACGUCGUCCUGAGAAAAUGCUCCGGAGAACGUAUCGAGGGUGAUCCGUCGAUCGACCGUCUGAUCGAGAUCAGGACUGUCCUAGAGAAAAUCCGACCGAUAGACCACAAGCUCAAGUAUCAAAUAGAUAAGCUCGUCAAGACCGCGGUGACAGGUACCGUCAACAGCGAGGAUCCGAGUAAUUUCAGGGCGAAUCCCGACGCCCUGGUGGGCAAGCUCGACAGCGAGGACUCGGACAGCGAGUCCCAGGAGGAGGAGGAGGCAGAUGGUUUCAAAGCAACUACACAGCAGUCUAGGAAAUCCAACGUUUACGUGCCACCCAAACUUGCUGCGGUGCACUAUGAUGGCGACGAAACCAUGACGGAGAAAAUUCGCAAGGCCAGCGAGAGGGCUCGUAGACGCGCAGUGUCGAACACAGUUCUGCGAGAAUUGAAGGAGGAGUAUUUGGACGCGCCUGUCGAGGACAGCCAGGGUCUGGGCGAGAAGCGGGCGAUUUUGGUGCGCGAGCACAAACGGAAGAUCGAGUACGAGGAGAAUUACAUGACCCGUUUGCCCGUCACCAAACAGGAGAAGCACAGGCGUCGUCAGAUCACAACUAUGGGCACCCUCGGCGACGAGAUCACCACUUUCGGCGAACCAUCCGCCAAGAAGAGAAAAGCUCAGAGGAAGGGCAAAGCUAAAAAGAGUUUCAAGAAAAAGCGGCAUCAUUAAGAAAUGACUUCGGGACUUUGACGAGACCUGGAGUUUCAUACAACAUUAACAGUUAAGGUAAAAGGCAAAAAAAAAAUAAAUUUAUUCGACUUCUUCUUCGAAACAAAACAGCAGAUGCCAUUAAUACUCGUUACUAAGUUAAGCUAAAAAUAACAUCGUAACGUCUAGUAAUUUAAAGAAAAAAAAGGGGGGGGAGACAACGUCAAGACGGUGUGGAGUAAAAAUAGCACGAUGGUAAUUUAUUACUGUAUAAGACAUACUAAUGGUCGUGUAAUUGAUAAUUCUAGUUAAUAAUGAUUUUAAUCUUUAACUGUUGUCUGAGAGAUCAAUUUUGAUCUGUGGAGUUGAGGAAGAGAGACACGAGAUCCAUCGCAAAAAAAAGAAAAUUCCACGUGAACGAAUAAAGAAGAAAAAAAAAAUAGAAGGUUCAAACACGAUGGCACAUACGAGCUUAAUGGAAAUUAUGUGUCGUAAUAGGCGUAUAAUACUGUAUCGUAAUGUUGGAUCGAGUAACGGAUUAAACCGGCUCCAAGAUUGAAAAUUGUGAAUUACACGUAAAAGUUGAAAGCAGAACAUUUCUCUGCUUUAUUUUGAAAUAUUCUCCGGCUAUAUAGGAAAAGAAAAAAAGGAGGAGGAAAAUCAGCAAAAUAUACGCAUAGCAGGAGAGGAGAGGCGCGAUAUUGAAUUAAUUGUUAAACGGAAAGCGUAAAAAUCACAAGACAUUCACAGCGGAAGUUGGAAGACUCGAAAUUAAAUUUAAAAGAAAAAAAGGAAGAAAGAGUUUAGGACAAAAAAAAAGAAGACACACUUAUCUCUAGGAACUUUGCACACACAGUCGGCGCAAAAAACUUGUAAAACGAGCAAAAAAAGAAGAAAAGGAAGAAAAAAAGAAGCAAAAACGAUAUUUCGUCGAUAUCGCAUGUCUUAGGAUUUUCUCGCUGUCUUAGAGUAGUGAAGUAGUUACUAGUUUUACUAUAUUAUAUGUAUGUUUCGUUUGUGUUUUUCCCCUGGUGAAACUGUUGAGGCUAUUAUAAAUAUUUGGAUGUGAGUCAUGUUUUUACGUUAAGUCUCAUUUCUCUCUUUUU